AUGGCCUAUGUGAGCCAGAAGGCUGUGAAAGGGAGUGCAAUAGCUGACUUUCUAGCUAGUAGAGCUUUGGAGGAUUACGAGCCCUUGAAUUUUGAUUUCCCGAACGAGGACUUGAUAUAUGUGGCAGCCACUGAAGAAAAUUCCCAAGUGGGUCACAUUUGGAAGCUAAACUUUGAUGGAGCCUCAAAUGCUGUGGGCAAUGGAAUUGGGGCAAUCUUAGUAUCCCCAAACGGAGAUCAUUAUCCUUUUACCUGCAAAUUGGAUUGUGGUUGCACAAACAUGGAAGAAUACGAAGCGUGCAUCAUGGGCAUUCGUGCAGCUAUAAAAUGUGAAUGGGAAACGAAAGAUUCCAAAUUAAUCAGUUAUCGAAAGUUGGUUCUCGAACUGAUUGAAGAGUUUGAUGACAUUACUUUCUGCUAUCUCCUACGAGAUGAAAACCAUAUGGCUGGCGCGUUGGCUACUCUAUCCUCCAUGAUCAAAGUGAACAGACAAGAGGACAUGAAGCCUAUCCAGAUGAGCAUUAAUGAAACCCCAGCUCAUUGUUACAAUGUCGAAGAGGGAGAAAAGGAUGACAACCUUAGUAUCAAGAUAUAUUACGAUAUGUAA